AGCGCGUGCGGUUCGUUGAAUAGAAGAAUCGUCUGUGUGUGUAGAAUCGGUUUAGGGUCUCUAGGCAAAGGCGCCGCCGCUUCCAAGAGAAGACACCAAUAGAAUUCCAAAAAGCACUUUAGCUAUACUAAGAGGACUAUAGAUAGUUUCUAUAGUUUCUGCCGGCGCACAAUUUUAUUUAUAAACAGCCAAAACGAUAUUUUUGGAUCAAACUCGAAAGUGGCCAAAGGCGCAAAAGUGAAAACCUGAAAAUGUUGUGAAACAUUUGCCAUUAAAACCAAGCAAAAGUUUAAAACAAAAUACAUAUAUACAAAUUAAAUCUUACAAUUAGCAGAAUAAACGUUUGCAAUGAAGGCAAUUAAUCAAAAUAAACUAAGCCUAGUGUGGGCUGUGAUCGGUCUGCUCAUCGGUCUGGCUGGCGCACAAUAUGAACACCACCUGGACAGCCUGCGCGCCAACGAGCUGUACGAGUUUGUGGAGGGCACUGGCAGUCUCCAAUAUCUGGCCAAGGGCGACAGCGAGCAGGCGCUGCUCCAAUUGGAGCAGCCCGUCAAUUUCUAUGGCGAGAAGUACGAGCAGAUCUAUAUAAACACCAACGGCAUAUUGACAUUCAAUGUGGAGUUCCCCGAGUACUUGAAUCAGCCCUUCCCACUGGAAUAUCCCUCGGUGGCGGCUUUCUACUCCAAUGUGGACACCUCGAACAGCAACGACGACAGCUCCAUUUCGCUGUUUGUUACACGCGAUGCAGCGACGCUGGAGAAGGCGCAGCAGCUGGUGCGUUAUGCGUAUGCGGAUCAGACGGAGUUUGUGGCGCAGCAGCUGAUUGUGGCCAGUUGGCGUAAUGUGGGCUACUUCAACUCCAAGACGGACAAGCUGAACACGUUCCAGGUGGCGCUCAUUGCUGAUGCUCAACAGACCUUUGUGCAGUUCAUUUAUCCCGAUGGUGGACUCAACUGGCUACAGGGCGAGGCGGGUGAGUUUGGAUUGCCGGACAUACGCGCUCAGGCGGGUUUUGUGGCCGAAGAUGGACGUUACUAUAAUCUCAAUGGCUCUGGAUCGGAGAAUGCGCGCUUUUUGAGCGAGAGCACCAAUCUGGGCGUGCCCGGCGUGUGGCUUUAUCAGGUGGCGCAAAUUCAGCCUGGCGAGAAUGUUGUGCUGCCCAACAAUGCGGAAACGCGCACCGAGUCGCCUGCGCUGGCUCAGAGCUGCUCCGGCAAUGGACAUCAGUGCGAUCGACACGCCCAGUGCUACGACAAGGCCGAGGGCUACUGCUGCGUCUGCGAGUCCGGCUACUAUGGCAAUGGACGCUCCUGCCUGGCCAAUGAUUUGCCCAUGCGCGUGACUGGCACACUGCAGGGCCAGCUGAACAAUCUGCCCGUGGAUGAGCGCGCCAAGCUGCAGUCGUAUGUGGUCACAACAGAUACUCGCAGUUAUACCACCAUCAAUCCCGUGCAGGAGGAACAGGCGGGUCUGCUGCGUGUGGUGCUGCCGCUGCUGACUACAGUGGGCUGGCUGUUCGCCAAGCCGGUGAAGGGUGCAGCCAAUGGCUAUCAGCUCACGGGCGGACGCUAUGAACACUUCUCGCGCAUACAGUACGACUCCGGGGAGGUGCUGCUGGUGAAUCAGACGUUCGAGGGACUCAACUACUGGGAUCAGCUGUCGGUUAAGAUUCAGCUGUAUGGUGAGGUGCCGCAGGUGUCACCCAGAGUGACGCUACACCUACCCGACUAUACGGAUGAGUAUCGCUUUGUGCGUCCCGGUGAGCUGCACUCGCUGCAGUCGCACAAGCUGGAGCUGGUGGAGGAGCAGCGUGUGCUUGGCUUUCAGCUGGAUCAGCGCAUUGUCUACAGCAGCUGCCUGCGCGACGACGAUGCCGAUCCCACGGACAGUCGCGUCAUGCAGAAAGUGUCCAAAAUAGCCCUCGACUACUCACCCACUGACGAAGCGCUGCGCACUUCCGCAGUCAGCAAGAUUGGCGUGGAUGCGGAAUCCAAUGCCUGCACCGAUGGCAGCGCCCAGUGCGGCGAGCAUGCGGUCUGCAUGCCCUAUGAGGAUACUUAUCGCUGCGACUGUCGCCAUGGCUAUGCGGCGCAGCAGGACGAGAACGGCAGCGAGCUCUGCGUGGAUCUGGACGAGUGUGCGCUGGGCACACAUGUCUGUGAUGAGCACGCGUUCUGCUCCAACAACGAGGGCGGCUUCAGCUGCGUCUGCUUCGAAGGCUUCGAGGGCAACGGCUAUCGCUGUCUGCGCAAUGAUACGGCCGAUAAUAUCGAAUAUGCCAGCAGCACGCCAGCCACAGGAGCUGAGGAGCAUGAGCAGGAGCCGCAGCAGCCACAGUCGCAGCUGCCUGGCGAGCAUGUGGACUAUCAGCCUGGACAUGAGCAAACUAAUGUGCAGCAUCUGGAUGCUUGUUAUCGCUGCUCGCCGGAUGCGGAUUGCUUUGAGGGACGCUGCAGCUGCCGCGAGGGCUUCACUGGCGAUGGCUACAACUGCCAGCAUAUCUGCGGCCACGAUGAGGUCUGGGAGCACGGACGCUGCGUGCCCAUCCUGCUGGAUGAGCAUGAGCUGGAGCCGCGAUGCAAUAUCCUAGGCGACUGCACUUGCCCGGAGGGCUACGAUCUGAGCGAGGAUGGACGCAGCUGUCGCUAUGCUGGCGGCUAUGAAAUGGACAACAACGAGGAGCUGGUGCCAUGCGAUGUGGAUGCCAAUUGUCAUAUCAAUGCCCGAUGCUCCUGGUUCGAGCACAAGCUGCGUCACAUCUGCAACUGCAAUCCCGGCUACAGCGGCGAUGGCUACAGCUGCGAACUGAUUGAGGACUCCUGCGCCAUUAAACCCGAUAUAUGCGAUGCUCAUGCCACUUGCGACUUCAACGAUGCGCUGGGCAAGUCCGAGUGCGUCUGCGCUCGCGGCUACACUGGCGACGGCUAUCGCUGCCAGCUGGCGCCGGAGUGCGAGUCGGCGGAGCAGUGUGGUGAGCAGGCCUUCUGCGAUGCUGGUGUCUGCCUGUGCCAGGAGGGAUACGAGCGUGAUCUGAGCGAUCGUUGUGUGCCCGCGGGACGCUGUGGCGCUGUCUACUGCGGCUCCAAUGCCAUGUGCAAGUGGGAUGCGGAGCAGGCGGUGCAAUAUUGCCAGUGCAUUGAUGGCUACCAAGGCGAUGCGCUUGCCGGCUGCGUCAGUCGUCCCACGCCCUGCAAUGUGCGCAACAAUUGCGGCAUUCACGCCGCCUGCGAGCCCACGGAGGAUCCGGCCAACUACAGCUGCCAGUGCAUUGCGGGCUAUCGCGGCGAUGGCUACGUCUGCGUCGAGGAGCAGAACUGCCUCAACAAUCCCACGCUCUGCGACAUGAACGCCAGCUGCCAUUCCACCAACAAUGGUCUCGUCUGCGUCUGCAAUCAAGGCUUCUAUGGCAACGGCUCGGUUUGCUUUGAGCGCCAGCAGCAUGAUUCAGGCUUCCUGAUUGUUAGCCAGGGUGUGGUCAUUGUGCGUGUGCCGCUGAACGGACGCAAUGUGCAGCCCAUUAAGGUGGCCUCCAUGGCCAUUGGCCUGGACAAGGACUGCGUGGAGGGACGCGUCUACUGGGGCGACAUUUCAGCCAAGAAGAUUCUAAGCGCCAAGUACGAUGGCACCGAUGGACGCGAAUUUAUUGCCACAGACAUUGAAUCGCCGGAGGGCAUUGCCAUUGAUGUCAUCUCGCGUCGCUUGUACUGGACGGAUUCGGUUAAGGACACCAUUGAGGUGGCUAGCCUGGAUGAUCCCACGCUGCGCGCUGUUAUUAUAAACAAGCAGCUGGUGAAUCCACGUGGCAUUGCUGUGGAUCCCUAUAGAGAAAAACUUUACUGGUCUGACUGGGAUCGCUCGUCGCCCAAGAUUGAAAUGUCUGAUUUGGAUGGCACUGGUCGUGAGCUGCUGCUGGGCGCGGAUGCAGUUACGCUGCCCAAUUCGCUGGUCGUGCUGGAGCACACUGGCGAGCUCUGCUAUGCCGAUGCAGGCAGCAAGAAGGUGGAGUGCAUCGAAGCCCAGAGCCAUCAGCUGCGCACCAUUUCGCAGAAUCUAUCGUAUCCCUUCGGACUCACCUAUACACACGAUCAAUUCUACUGGACCGACUGGACUACCAAGAAGCUGGAGAGCGUCGAUAGCGCUGGGGUGCGUCAGCAGGCCUUGCAGACGCCCUUCUUUGGCAGCCACAAGAUGUACGGCAUGACGUCCGUGGAGCAGCACUGCCCGCAGUACCAGAGCCUCUGCCAGAUCAACAAUGGCGGCUGCACCGACUCGCGUCUGUGUUUGGUGAAUCGCAAGGCGCCCUCCGGCAAGAGCUGCAAAUGCACCAGCGCCAGCAGCAGCUGCGCUGUGGCCACGCCCUACGCCUUGCCAGAGCCAGUUGCUCGCGAGUGAAGCGCGCGCUCAAAAUUCAAAUUCACAAGUGAAAUGAAAUUAUUAUUUUUGUAUACGUCUACAAUAGUUAACACAACAAACAGCAAAGCAACCAAAAAAACAAAAACAAAAACCAAAACAUAAUGAUAACUUAAUAAUACAAAAACUAACUGUGUGUGCCAUUUUUUGUAAAGCUACUCAACUUAAUAAAUA